GAUGUGGGGAUGACCAAAUGAAAGAAAUCCAGUCUAUAAAUAUGGUGCAUUUACUUGGCAACAAUCUCUGAUCCUGCAAGACAACACACAGAGGAAAGGAAAAGCAGGACAUUUUGGUGCAGAAAUAUGGCAACGGUUAGGAGGAUCAAGUUGGGCUCGCAAGGGCUGGAAGUAUCGGCCCAGGGCCUGGGCUGCUUCGGCAUGACCGGCGGGUACGGCCCAGCCAAGCCAGAAGCCGACAUGAUUGGUUUGAUACACGGCGCCGUCGAGAGUGGCAUCACCUUGUUUGACACUUCGGAUGUUUAUGGCCACUAUGCCAAUGAAGUUCUCCUUGGCAAGGCUCUGAAGGGAGGGUGGAGACAGAGGGUAGAAUUGGCAACAAAGUUUGGAAUAAUAUACGGGAAUGGAAGGGCGGAGGUGCGUGGUGAUCCAGCCUAUGUACGUUCCGCUUGUGAGGCCAGCUUGAAGCGGCUCGACAUCCCUUGCAUUGACCUUUACUACCAGCAUCGCAUUGACACUCGCGUCCCCAUCGAAAUCACGAUGGGAGAGCUGAAGAAACUGGUUGAAGAGGGAAAGAUUAAGUACAUAGGCCUAUCUGAGGCUUCUGCUUCAACAAUCAGAAGAGCACAUGCUGUUCAUCCCGUAUCUGCUGUUGAGAUAGAGUGGUCCCUGUGGAGUAGGGAUGUCGAAGCCGAAAUUGUUCCCACUUGCAGGGAACUCGGCAUUGGGAUCGUUGCAUACGGCCCGCUCGGACAGGGAUUCUUAGGUUCAGGAGCCAAGAUGGCUGAGAAUUUGGCUAACGAUGACUUCCGAAAGCGUCUCCCGAGGUUUCAACCAGAGAACAUAGAGCACAACAAGACCGCAUUUGAGCGGGUCAAUGAGAUGGCCGCAAGGAAAGGAUGCACCCCAGCACAGCUUGCGCUGGCAUGGGUUCAUCACCAGGGAAACGAUGUGUGUCCGAUACCAGGCACCACAAGGAUUGAAAACCUGAAGCAGAACAUCGGAGCCUUGGCUGUGAAACUGACACCAGACGAAAUGGCCGAACUUGAACGCUUUGCAGAUGCGGUUAAAGGUGACCGAUAUGGGGCUCAAGCGCCUACUUGGAAGAAUUCGGAUACUCCACCCCUUUCCUCAUGGAAACCUGAGUAGAAACACUUGCUAUGUGUGUGUUUUUCUAGCAUAUAUAGCUUGUUUAGAGAGUUUAGUUUUUUUCUGUUGAAAAAUAAGAGGUCCUGCUGAAUUAUUGAGUAUUAGAGAUGAUUGUAAUCGUUUUGUACUAUGUUGAGUUAUAUUAUUUACAGAUUCACGCAUGAAUAAACGAGGUAAUCCACAAUUACGAAAAUUGAUUUUAUAUUGAGUUG